AUUUUGGUGCUGAUGUUUGCCGGAGCAUCCUUGGCGGCCACCUGGUUCACUCUCACCUGCCUGACCAGGCUUACUCACCUGCCCUCCACUCAAGCCACUCUCUACACCUCCUGCAUCCUGGUGGGUAUCUUCAUCAACAGCAGUGUGCCCAUCUUCUUGGAGCUGUUCAUUGAGACGGUUUACCCUGUUCCUGAGGGCAUCACCUGCGGAGUGGUCACCUUCCUCAGCAACCUCUUCACUGGACUUUUGCUGUUUUGCCUCACCUUUUACUUUACAGAGCUGUCCUGGUUGAACUGGUGUCUGACAGGCUCCUGCAUCUUCAGUCUCCUGCUCCUCCUCUUCUUCAGGGAAUCUUACGACCGCCUCUAUUUGGACGUCUUUGUCUCUGUCUGAGCACACCACUUGAGCUUUUCUCAGUCGACUGAAGGCUUGUCUUUUUAUGGGCACUAUAUUCCAGCAGAGUGCAGAGAAAGGCCACACAGCAUGUUGCUCACUUUUAUGGAUCUGUAAUUUUGGGGAAAAAUUUGUAGUUGUGAAAUAUAUGACCAGCAGUGGUAGCAGUGCAUUGUGUACCCAUCAUAACUAACAGCGAGAACUCAGACCUGACGAAUGAGGUGUAGAUAUUGACCUUUCUACUUGACAUUUUGCCUCCUGGAUGCAUCCCUUUUGUACUGUAUAUUUUAUUUUGUUCUUCUUUUUUUAAUACGAUUAAUGUAAAUUAUGUGUUUACAUACUGGCACAAUAUAAGGGAUUUUAUUGCAUAGAGAGUCACAGGCGGAUCUACUUACGGAUUUGGUAGUUCCCCACGGUGAUGACUCCUCUAGUGCUCUCACCACAUCUAAUGGGAGUGUAAUGGAUAAUUAUAGACAAGCUCAAUUAGCCCGCUGGCGAGAGCUAUGGCCGUCUGUGGACGGGGACCUCUUAGAGCUGUAGUGUCACUUGUGAAUAGCCUGUGGGAUCCAAGCUUUAAUUGACCUGUGAUAGGACUGUCAAUAAGUGGCAUACGUUGUGGUCUUCUUGUUUUCCUUAUCCACCUAUAUUAUGCAAAGGAUAAUUCCCUCCGCUGUGGGGUUUCGGUAAUCACCUUGCAGCCAUUAGUCCGAUCCUGGGUCACAUUAUCUCAAGCUGUCAGAGGUCCUUGUUUAUGUGAUGAGGGAACUAUAGUAUCUAUGUUUAGUUAGUCGCUUGUGUUCCUCCCAUUCUCAUGUGAUGGCUUGGUUUAUAGCUGUAGCAUGCGCACAGUGGGUGUCUGUUGCACAAGCCUUUUAGAAUUUUAUGCAAUCGAUCAUGUAUUUAACUGUAAUUUAUUAACUCAUUUUAGGGAUUAAUACACUAAUAUUGACAAUAAGGGAUUGUUAAUGGUUUUUAUGUCUGAGGACUGUUGCAGAAGAGCAUUGAAACAUGACAUUAUGAAGAGCUGGAACUGUACAACACUUAUCACCAGCAAUAAUAGCCAUGUUUCGGUAGCCUCUCGUGAUUUGUGGCAUAACCUAAUGCAAAAAUGAGUGCAAUACUCCCUCUCGAGAUUAAAAUACAGCCUGUCGUAUGACCCGUGCACACACUAGGCUGUUCUCUUCUGCAUUUUUGAGCAACACCAUGAAAAGGGAGCCCAUUUGAAUCUGGACUGGCGAAAUUUGACAGAUUUGAAGGAAUCUCCGUCUGCUUUUGGAUUUAGUGUUGACUCCAGUGGAACUGAUUGACGGGGAAGGAAAAGCAUUUUAUGGACGCCCUGAAUCCCACGUUUCCACAGAUGUUCCAACUGAGAACUUUGGACGCACUCGUGGUUCUGUUCUUCUCUGGGAAGAGCCUGCAUGUGAAUCACCUUUCUGUGUCUUGGUACCAUUUUACCUGUCGUUAACGUUGCCUUAAUUAACAGUGACCUUUGUUCUGUCCUCCUCUUCACUGUGAUGUGCGUGCCGUGCUGCGGUCGGUGCUUGUGCUCUGUUCUGUCACUGUAAUGUUAAUUGUAAGUGGCACUAGAGAGGCGUACGUGCCCCUGUCCGUGUGCAGAUAACAUGUCAAAGAUUUUUAGCACCUUAUUAAAAAGAUGUUUUAAAAAAGGAAUCAUGUUUUAUUCUCCUCUCUUUCUUUAAAAUUGUAUUCCAGCUUGAAGUGUAUAAUGAGGAACCAUGAAAAUAGUAGAUAUUUCUGACUCUGAAAUAUGAUUGGAUAAGCCAUGAUUGAUUGAUUGAUUGAAAUAGUGUGAAACAGCCUUUAGAAAACACGUUGCCGAACCUUCGAGGAAAUAACGUUUCGUUUCCAAUAAAUGAGUUAUCAUGGGUGUCUAUAAGAUGAGCUCAUGUUUGGAGUUUGCACACACUCCCAUGAUGCCCCACGCCCUUCAAAGCAUGAGAUCAUAGAUGACAUCAGGAUGGAGAGUGGGCGUCCACAGCCAGUAUGUGUACUCAGGAGCUGUUAACAUAUUGUGUGGUACACCAGCCAAAAAACCUGCGGUUUACAUGCAAGCCUAUAGAUCACGCUUCUCAUAGAUUUUCUCUUUUCUCUGUGAAUUUUGCCUAUGUAUUGUAUACAUUAAAAUAUCUUUUUAAUUUAA